UCUCAAGAAUGUGUUGAGCUGAUUCUGUCCGGAUAUAUCAGGAUUUUGGGAAUGGAUUCGACAUUAUUGCUGCUUCUACUGACCGGCUGCAGCGUGAAAUUUGCGCACGGCGAGCAGGGCCCGGUCUUCAUCCUGGAGCCGCCGAGCACCCUAGUCUUUUCAAAUACCACGGGCUCGCAAUUAGGCUGCUCGGCGCACGGCAGCCCGACGCCGCAUGUCACGUGGAUUACCAGCCCGGAUCAGAGAUCGGUUACAGCAGUCCCGGGACUCAGGCAACUUCUGGGCAACGGGACGCUAUACUUCCCGCCGUUUCUGGCGCAGGACUUCAGGGCCGAGGUGCACAACGCCCGAUACAGAUGCCGUGCGACCAGCUCCGUCGGGACCGUACUUUCACGCGAGGUCACUCUCCGCGCCGUAUUGACAGUGUCUGGGUACGACGUCAGAGUAAAUAGACAACCCGUCAUGGAAGGAUGCAAUGCGGUGUUAUCCUGUACAGCUCGGGAAGAUGUUAAGGAACACCUCACUGUAACCUCUUGGUUUCGUGACGAUGCUAUUCUCUUACCUGGAAAUACAGACACUGGUGGAAGAUUUGUGGUUACCUCGCAGGGUGAUCUCCAUAUCAGAGCCGCCAGACCAGAAGACGGCAGAGCGACGUAUUCGUGUUUAACUUUGCACGCCUUGACCAGCGAGCGAAGAAAAAGCGAACCCGCCACUUUAACAGUCACGGAACCAACCGGUUCCUCGCCGCCGCGAUUGAUGCAACGGUCUGAAAUCGCUAUUUCCGCCGAAAGCGGCUCCGAUGUUCAUCUCACGUGCUCCGCGCAAGGAAGCCCGCCGCCGCAAUUUACCUGGUAUCGCGAUGUUAAUGGCCACUCGAUACCGGUCGAGUCGGGUGGCCGUAUCCAGCUUUGGGGUGACCUGAUGCAAAUUCGUCGCGUAGACGCGCAGGACGCAGGAAGAUACGUCUGCCGGGCCAGCAAUCAGCUUGGCGAGCAACGAGCGGAGACGCACUUGUCAGUCACAUCAAAGCUAAACGCUCGGAUUCAGCCGCGCGUACAGACCGGUUCACCGACGCCAUCCUUUACGUGGCUACUCGACGGUGAACCGCUGAAUCAGAUGGCGACUGGACACAGAUUCGCGAUAGGCCAAUAUGUGGAUCAAUCCGGUGACGUAAUCAGCCACUUAAACAUUUCAUCGGCGGGAGCCGAGGAUGGCGGCCUGUACGCUUGUGAGGCGUCCAACACUCUGGCAACUGUCGUGCACAAAGCUAGAUUGAACAUUUACGGACCACCGUACAUCCGAUCGAUCGGCCCGGUUCGCGCCAUCGCCGGUGUCGACAUUACAAUAGCGUGUCCUUACUCAGGAUAUCCGAUCACAUCGGUCGGAUGGACCCGAGGUGGUGCCGAAUUGCCCUUUGACAUCAGGCAGCGGGUCGACAGCGAGGGCCAUCUCACGAUCCUCACGGUAGAUCCGAAUGAUGCCGGUACUUACACGUGUAUAGUUCGAGCAAGUUCCGGGGAGACCGCCAACAGAGAUAUACUACUAACUGUUAAUAGUCCUCCAGUAAUGAGUCCCUUCAACUUCCCCGCGAAUUCGCAAGAAGGUAGUCGUGCUCAAGUGACUUGUAGCGUAACGUCGGGCGAUCUUCCAAUCUACAUUUCCUGGCUGAAGGAUGGCGAGCCACUGCCUUCUUCCCUUCGUAUCGAAGAACGUGUUGCCGAGUUCUUCAGCAUCCUCGUCUUCAAGGAGCUGUCGUCGCGGCACAGCGGCAAAUACACCUGCGUGGCCACAAAUAGCGCCGCGAAGGUCAACCAUACGGCCGAACUCUUGGUAAAAGUACCGCCUCAAUGGAUAUUCGAACCACAAGAUGUGGCGACCCUCUUGGGCAACCCGUUGAACGUCCUUUGCGAAGCCAAAGGUUUUCCACCGCCACAUAUCAGGUGGCUACGUGCCAGAGGCAGAACGUCCAACGAUUAUCAGCCGCUAGUCGAUGGUUCCGAUGGUAGACUCACGAUAUUGCCUAAUGGAUCUUUGUGGACAGCUUCCGCCGGUCCACAGGAUGAGGGUUACUAUCUCUGUCGGGCUAACAAUGGAAUUGGAUCUGGACUAAGCAAAGUGAUAUAUGUUUCCGUGCAUGAACCAGCGAGAUUCGAAUUUCAGAGUAAAAACGUAACGAUUCGCCGUGGAGAAUCUGUGACCAUUGAGUGCAAUGUGAUCGGUGAUAAUCCAAUAGAGGUUCAAUGGAUGCACAACAGCGAUCGACUGGAUAUGAGCAAUCAUAGACUAAGCAUCGGUCAAAUAAAGACUGAUAACGGCCUCAAGUCCCAAUUAUCUAUAGCAAAUAGCGACAGGCAAGAUUCCGGGGUCUACAGAUGCACCGCUGGUAAUGCUUACGGAAGAAGCGAGCAUCUAAUUUAUUUAGCAGUCCAAGAGAGGCCGGAUCCUCCAGCUGGACUUGAAGUAAUAGAAAUCGGUUCCCGAUCGAUACGGUUAUUAUGGAAGCGAGCCUUCGACGGAAACAGCCCUAUAAGAAAUUACGUAAUACAAUACCGCUCGCUGAGCCACGGUAUGACCGAUGAUUGGAAUCCCGUUAAAACGCACAAUGUCACGUACACGCCAGGAAGUUCCAAUAGCGGUAAUUCUAUACAUCCAACCCAAAACGGCUUAUCUCCGUUCGAUACCACCGGAGACGACCAAGAGGUAGCUCUGGUCGGUGGUCUUCAUCCAGCUGUUACCUAUACCUUCAGGAUAUUCGCUAUAAAUUCUAUUGAUGCGAGUGGACCCACAGAACCUGUCGUGGCGAAGACUCAGGAGGAAGCACCUACCGAACCGCCGCAAAACAUCAAAGUGCAAUCCGCUGGGCCUGGAGAGCUAAUGGUCAGUUGGCAACCACCUCCAAAAGAAUCAUGUAAUGGAGACCUAUUAGGAUAUAUAGUAACGUGGUCGGAACAUUCGUCGUCGACUUCGGGUGUCAACCAAAGUAAAAGUUUAACUGUAAAUGGUUGGGCGACGACAAAGGUGCAACUAACUGGUUUGAGAAAAUUUACGAAAUACGACAUUUCGAUCAGAGCUUUCAACAGCAUAGCCAGUGGACCAGCUAGUGUUCCCACCGUGGGUACUACGCAGGAAGGAGUACCGGAAACGCCACCGACUCAAGUGACAUGCGUUCCAUUGUCUUCCCAAAGCGUCAAAGUAUCUUGGAUUGCGCCUCCGCCUCAUCAGCACGGUGGAAUUAUUCAAGGAUACAAAGUCUAUUACAGGCCGGUCCCUACUGACAAUAUGGAUAUAUCGACGGUUGGCGAAGUAAAAAGAACUUCCAGUACGGACACUUACUUGCAUACGUUGUACAAGUACACAAAUUACUCCAUCAAGGUGUUGGCUUACACAGGCGCGGGUGACGGAGCGCUAAGCCCACCGAUCUUUUGUAUGACGGAAGAGGAUGUUCCAGGCCCGCCUGCUGGCAUUAAAGCAUUGGCAUUAACGGCGGAAAGUAUAUUGGUUUCCUGGUUGCCACCGUUGCAACCCAAUGGAAAUGUCUCAAAAUAUACUGUAUACAGCAGAGAAGCUGGUUCUAAAAAUCAUAAUGCGCAUACGAUGCACGAACCGCCAUCGCCCACGGAUACUCUUACGAUGGAAUUACGAGAUUUAGUGGAAAGGCAAUUAUAUGAGUUUUGGGUUUCGGCAACGACCGGCCUUGGAGAAGGGGAACGAACUACCAUAGUUACGCAAACAACGAAUACCAGAGCUCCCGCUAGAGUGGCGUCGUUUUCGCAAGUAUUACGAAGAGCUGUAAAAUCAUCGGUCACGCUGUCAUGUUUAGUAGUCGGAAAUCCUACACCACGACCUAUUUGGACGUAUAGAAAUAGUCAAAUCACCACCGGCAGACAUUACGAACUUACGCCCGAUGGACAUCUUAAUAUACGUGGAUUGGAGCAAUCGGUCGCGGGGAAUUACACUUGUUCGGCCAGCAACUUAUUCGGUGACGAUUCCAUUACGUAUUCAUUAGUCGUAGUGAUGCCACCCAGGGCACCGUCGUUUGAAUUGCAGUAUACGACAACCAACAGUAUCAGAUUCCGUUGGAAUCAUCCUGAAAAUGGUGGCGCUACUAUACAAGGAUAUGUGUUAAGUUACAAGAGAGAUCAGGGCGGAUGGGAAGAAAUUGCCUUAUCUCCUGAGCAGACGGAAUUCGUACUCUCUGGAUUAAAAUGUGGUUCUUCCUAUUUAGCGCAUUUAACGGCACAUAAUCGCGUCGACACUGGCGAUCCAAGUCCGUUGAUCAGCGCAACAACGAAGGGCACUGCACCCCUAUUGCCUAAAGAGAGAGAUAUUAUUUCGGCAAAUGGCACGUCGGUGAAAAUAAACUUGUUAUCCUGGCCUAAUGGAGGAUGCCCUAUUCAAUAUUACACCGUCGAAUAUCGCAGGCGAAUCAGUACGGAACCAUGGAUUUUGGUAGCCAGUAGAGCGACGGAUAACGUUGUAAUUCGCGAUUUAAAAACGGCAUCGUGGUACAGUCUACGUUUAACGGCUCACAACGACGCCGGCUCGACUCAGACUCAAAUGGAGUUUGCCACGACCACAUUAAGCGGAGUCAGUAUCGGUCCACCCAACGAUCUGAUAAUGGAGGAUGAUAUCAAGAAGACAGUGCCUAAUCACAAAGUUUUGUAUGUCAUCGUACCACUUAUCUGCGCAAUCGUUUUGGUCAUCUCAGCGGUUAUUUUGGGAUAUGUCAUGCUUAAACGUAGCGGCAGAGCGAAUUAUCUAGGCGAGAUAUUGCCAGGACAACAGCAGCAACAGCAGACUGGAUUAGGAAUAGUUCAACAACAACAGCACCAACAACAGCAUCAUCAUUUGUCUAGUUGUAUGUCGACGGUGCAGCUCAAGUCGACGGCUGAACGAGACAACAGACGUAAUCAUCAAGUCUAUACUAGCUCACCCGUGAAGCAAGAAAAUCACAAAUCCGCCGAUCACGGAUCUGAAAUGUACGAGAUAAGUCCGUACGCCACGUUUAGCGUGCCCGGACGAGAAAACCGUUCAGUGACAACUGCGACGCUCGACUACACGAUGCAGUUCAAGACGUUUGGUCAUUUGGAAAACGAGGACAUCAACACUAUCGAUUACGAGAGAUCCAGCGUGGAGUUCGAAAGGUCGAAAACGCCAAGGUGGCAUAAGCAACGCUACUUUCCGAGCAUCGCGGAAGCCGAGAGCAAGCUGCGAUCAAGUCGGCAAGGAUCCGGAAGCGACACGUCCGGAAGUCCUUGCGGCGAAUGCGCCGGGCCUAGUUAUAGAGUACCUGUAAAGCCUUGUAGAGAUGUAUUUUCGCGAGGUGUCGAAUCAAGUACGGAAUCUAACAACGAAGGCUCGCCCUCACUCGCGAGACGACGAAGCCGACAACCGAGCCGGUCUACUCGCAGUUCUGUGGAGGACAUGACGCUUUUGCCCCCAAGCGGAUUCAGUGACAGCCGCGAAUUGAGCGACGUGGAGUGCGACCGUGACCGCGAACGCGAAUGGCAAGGUUUAUCAGCCGGGACUCGUCACGGCGGCAGUUUGGGCAGACUUCCGAUCGAAGCCGUCGAAUCUAUGCUUGCUAGGUAUCGGCGGGAGUUCCUAUAAA